AUGGAAAGCGGGAAAAUUGAAAGUGGAAAGAAAGUUACGAGGGGUUUCCAAGAAAUUUCAGAGGAAGGAUCCGUGAAUUUUCCUCUUUCCGCACUAACUGUUAAAAAGAUAGCUGAAAUUAAACACAGAUGGUUGUUCAAAAGGCAACCCAGGAAUUGCUGGAAUGGGAGGAUUGAUAAGAGAUGGACAAAGCCUCUAGAUUGCAGGAUUCUAUGGAAAGCUCAAUUGGACUACAUCUACAAGUAUUAUAACAGUAUUAUAGGCCAUUUUUUCAGAGGAUCGGAGCUUCUAAAUGAGAAGGACCUCAUCAGUGUUAUGAUUGAGACAGACUCUUGGGAAGCUUUCAUAUUGUUAUCACAACAACAACGUCCAAACCAUACAGGCAAUAUUUUGAGCCGUAUCAAUAUUUUGUGUCCCAGAUUGUCAUACUUAAUUAAAUGUUGGGGGGAAACUGAAAUCAAUGUGGAUAAAUGGGUAUUUAACAUAAUUUACCCAAAGUCUUUGUGCUUCGACGGCGAUCGCGAUGACGAUGAUGAGUCGCAUGUGAUCGAACCGUCGAACGGAGGAACAACCAACCAACAACUACUGACAGUUUUCUCUUUCUUAAGAUUCGCCACGUGA